GCUCUGAAAUUUAUUUACUGCUUAUUGUCAUAUAAUUCUUGAAAUUAUGGUCCAAAUCUCUAAAAAACGUGUUCGUAGAAACACAAUUGUUUUAGAUAGUGGCUUAAAUUCGGUUAUAACUGCAUUACCGCCUGGUAAUACAGUAUCAACUACUAGCUCUCAAAAUGGUUUGAGUGCAGAUCUCACUCCUGUGAUACAGGUGAAAGAUGUUCUGUUAGAGAACUCUGAGUUCUGUAAACUAAACCUCCUUUUGAAAGAUAUGCAGAGGCAAGUAAGUGAAAUUCAGAAAAAAUUAGAUCAGUUUGAUAGUAUGUCACUGCCAAUCUCAAAUACCACGGAGAGCCGUUCUGAUAUUGGCCAGGUUAAGUGUUUACUGGAUGUAACUCAAAAUAAGCUUUUGAAUUUAGACCCAAUAGCCUGUCUUUUAGAAAGGCAUCCUAAAAUAUCUCCAGACAACCUAAAUAAAGCUGAAAAUCUGAUUGACUGCUUGGCUACGGAGGUGAUGAAGCGUAUAACCUCUUCUCACCAAGCUAUAGUUUACAACGUCCCAGAUUCUCUGCCCCUGAAAACUGUAAGACACAAAAUCCUGAUUUGUUGCGGCAUGGCUAGUGUUCCAUGUGAAUGCAAACGACUUCGUAAAAAGUCUAACCAGGCUAAUUGCCCAAUCAUUUUUAAAUUCAGUAAUUCCCUUGAUGCUACUUCCAUUUGACUUUUUGAAUGAGAAUGAAUAAUGUGGAUAUUUGACCAUUUACAAUGACAAAUGAUCUGCAAACAUUAUUGGUCCCGUAUCUUUCAGUUGCCUGGUUAAUAACGAAUUAACUUUCUCCACGACGCAACCUGGAUUACAUUUGUGGAAUAUACUCUUAUACCAAUGGAAAAGUAUCUAUUUGUAAUACAACGUCACGAUUGUAGCUUAUAACAUAACUGAUCGUAUCUGUAAAAAUAGCUUCCUUAUUACCCAAUUUGGAUAUAAAUCAAAAAUGAGAUUCGGAUUUGUACACACCCAAGUUAUAUUGAGGAAUUACUUC